UUGUGGCCGGGCAUAUCGGGGGCAAUGAAAGUUUGUCGGGACCAAAUCGAAACAACUUUACUGAAGUGGCACAAAUAAUGCGAUGGACAAGUAUGAGAAAAUACGUGUGGUUGGCAGAGGAGCUUAUGGGACCGUGUAUCUCUGUCGUCGUCUUAGCGACCAGAAGCUUGUCAUCAUCAAGCAGAUCCCCGUGGAGCAGAUGACGGGAGAAGAACGCCAGGUAGCCGUCAAUGAAUCCAAGGUGCUCGCUAUGCUGGAUCAUCCUAACAUCAUCAAGUAUUACGAAAACUUCCUGGAGGACAAGGCCUUAAGCAUAGUCAUGGAAUAUGCUGAAGGUGGAACGCUAUUUGAUUAUCUUCAGCACAGAGGCAACGCUCUACUAGAAGAAGGGGAAGUCCUCCGUCUAUUCUGCCAGCUGCUCCUGUCCCUCCAACAUGUCCACUCCAAGCAGAUCCUUCAUCGCGACCUCAAGACCCAGAACAUCUUGCUCAACAAACGACGCGACGUUGUCAAGAUAGCAGACUUUGGUAUCUCCAAGAUUCUCAGUAGUAAGAGCAAAGCCUUCACCGUGGUUGGCACACCGUGCUACAUCUCUCCUGAGCUGUGUGAGGGCAAACCCUACAAUCAGAAAAGUGACAUUUGGGCCGUUGGAUGUGUUUUAUAUGAACUGCUCACUUUGAAGAGAGCCUUUGAAGCAGACAAUCUGCCAGCCUUGGUGAUGAAGAUAAUGCGUGGCUCCAUAGCUCCAAUCUCAGACCGCUACACCGACUACUUGAAACGUCUCUUACUCCAAAUGCUUCACUUGGAUCCUGACAAGAGACCCUCCAUAAACAAAGUGAUAGCGGAGCCGAUAAUCAUCAAAACACUGGCCAAUGUCUACAUGGAGAUAGGACGCGUCAAGUGCCCUCUCAAGAUCCCCAAACCAUUUGUAGUGACAAACUCAGCCAACUCCAAGGUACAAUCCUCAAAUCGGAAGGACAGCACUAAAUCUCUGUCUCGGAAAAGCUCCAACUUGGUUCUGAACAGCAGCAGCUCCAGCUUGCCUAAGCUCCGCCCACUCUCAACUGUCUACUGCUGGGGUUAUGGUGUCAAUACCCCCGUCAGACUCCCCCUCCCACACAGUGACAUACAGAUUGCUCAGGUCUCUACCGGUCGCACUCAGAGGGUAGCAGUCACUAAGAAUGGAAGACUUAUCAUCUGGGAAUCAUCCUCUGUAGGCUCGGACUCUACCAUGCUACCAGGAGCUGUGGACCAGCAGUACCCCAGCUUCAUCCCCCGCUAUCUAGAAGGCCAAUCAGCAGUCACUAUCCAACAUGUGUCUUGUGGAGACAUGUUCACAGCUUGCUUAACAGACCGAGGUAUAUUGAUGACCUACGGCAGUGGAGCCCAUGGUAGCUUGGGUCAUGGUGACUAUCACGACGUCUCCCAAGCUAAGAUUGUUGAAGAGUUGCUAGGUUACGAGGUCGUCAUGGUAUCCUGCGGUGCAUCGCAUGUGGUGGCUGUCACCAAUGAUAAUGAAUUGUUCUCGUGGGGCAGAGGAGACAAUGGACGGCUGGGAUUAGACAGUCAGGAAUCCUUUGCGUCACCACAGAGUGUCCUCCUCCCUGUACAGUCUCACAUUGCCUCUGUACAUUGUGGCUUGGAUUGCUCUCUACUGCUGACUACUGAUAAGAAAGUCCUAGCUUGUGGAAGCAACAGAUAUAACAAGCUAGGCCUAGAUGAUGUCGGUCCUAACAAGAAGACGAACGGUAAAGUAGAUGAGAUGCACACCUACAGUCCAGUGGUUUCAUCCCCUAUUCAUCAGCUGUCAAUCCAUAGUGUUGCCAUAGGAACAGCUCAUGCUGCCUUAGUUACAGAUGAUAAUGUGUGCUUCACGCUGGGUUCCAACCAGUUUGGUCAGCUCGGUUGCGAAACUGAAACUAACACCCCAAGAAUCCCUUGCCGCCCAACAUUCCAAGAUGAUGUGCAGAUAACGGCGGUAGCGUGUGGGGAUAUGUUCACUGUUGCUUUAGGAUCAGAUGGCCAGGUGUUUUCCUGGGGCAAGAGUUCAAGAGGUCGACUGGGCCGACAGGAGGACCACUCUGGAAUCCCACAGAAAGUGGAGCUUAAUGAGGAAGAACCCUUCACAAUAACAUCCAUCUCCUGUAACCAUGGCAACACACUGCUGGCCACCAAACCAUGUGUUAAUCAAGCAGAUUCUCCUUGAUCCUGUGCAUGGAAGACAGAAACUUGAAGAGUGUUUUCAUCUCUAUUACUCUUGGUACAAACAAAAUUCCCUUUUUUUUGUCGACACUCCUUAAAUAAAAGAUACCAUUGGCUCAACCAGACAGAACUUCAAAGACUGUACAGGGGUUUCAGUCUCUCAUGUCCCUCACAUUUAGCCAUUAUUCAACAUUUAGGCAAGAAGUGCACUUGGCCCAUGGGUUUGUGUGCAUUCCUGUGGGAACGGAGUGUGCGGAACCAUUUUAAAUUGAUCCACUCUUGGUUCUUGUUGUACAGUCAAAUGAAUAAUGACUCGUAAAGUAAAAAAAGUGUUGAACAAACUCAAGGCUCUUUCAAAGUAACUAAGAAACAAGUUCAAACUGUAAAAAGUGAUCAGAUACCUUCGUUAAUUACACUAAAAGGGGUGUAGUCCGGAACACACAGGGAACUUAUUUGGGCCCACCCACUGUCAGGUUUUUAUAAUCAGUUGGUAAAGGUACUUAUAGGUGAGAUGAUAUUAUUUUUAGCAUAGGGUACUUUUCAUCCAAUAAUUAUUGAUGAAGACUAAAAUUUGUAGUUUCGUGCAAAUGUCCAUGAAUUAUUUUACAACUGCAUUUUUCACUUGAAUGAGAAUUUUAUGUCAUGGGAACCAUUAUAAGUACUUAAAUGUAUGUGGGAUAAUUUUAUCAAACUUUUAAGUUGGGUGCAUAACAACUAAGUUGUUGAACUUUUUGGGGGUCUCAUAACUGGAUACCUUUGCUAACGUAUGUAACACAAGUAAAAAGUGCACUCAUGGGCACCCAAUUUUGAAUGUUAUUUUCUUCCGAAUGAUGCCAUUUCAGGUGGAAUAAUUUUACAGGGUAUUGUCACCAGUACCAUCUUCACUUUGAGCAAGGUUUUUGUCAUUUAAUUGGUAGCUUUUGUUCCAGGUAAAUGAAGAUGUUCCUAUAUAGGGCGCUAAGCAGGAAGAUAUUUCAGGAACUUGAGCACACUAGAUAUUUUGUGACUUUAAUGAUUUUCACCUAAUUCAGAUUGAGAUGUAUUUCUUUUAAAUACAUGUAAUAUAUAUAUUUUAUGUAAAUAUGUAAAUGUAUUUAUAGUUUUUUAAUAAUCGAGUUGACCAAGUUAUUUAUUGCAAUAACUGUACAGUUCAUUUUUGUAUGCUUUUGUAUUAAAAUGUUCUUUUAAGAUAGCCUU